AUGGGCUUAGGAUGGGUCCUUCGUGAUCACCAUGGUUCCUUCUUAUCUGCAGUCAGUCAGCCGUGGACCGGAACUUACUCUCCUAGGGAAGCUGAAGCCGUAGCAAUCAGAGAAGCAUUAAGUUGGUCCAAACAGCACAGCAUUGAGUAUCUUCAUGUUGAGACGGAUUCCUUAUUGGUUGUUCAGGGUCUAUCAUCUCCUGGAUCCGUCACCUCGUUUGAUCUUCUCUUAGUUGAUGUAAAAGAUUCGUUGAGUGCUUUUGCUCAUUGUUGUAUCUCUUUUGCGAAACGUUCUGCGAACCGGACGGCCCAUCUCUUAGCGAGGGAGUCCGUUUCUUUGUCUGAACGUAAGGAGUGGACUUCUGUUCCUCCUUCUUUCAUUUGUAAUGCUCUUUCGUAUGAUUUAAUAUAA